UACCAAAGUACACAAAAUAAUUCACACUCUAUAGUCUAUAGUAUAAAUUUGGCAAAAUUUCACCGAAUUCUCCUAUUUUCUAGCUUCGGCUUUGUCUUUUUAUAUACACGUAUUAACUAUAGUCACCAAUAAAAAAUUAAUUAAGUUAAACUGAUUAGGAAAAAACACUAGUUAAUUGUGUAAUUAGUAGUUUUGUUCAAUGUUGUUAAUUAAAAAGCGAACGUAUCGUCGUUUCUCUUUUUAACUCAUUCUCUUUGGAUCCAAAUCUUUCGCUUUGGAAUUCGCCAUUGACAAAGUACUCAAUUCCAAAACAAAGAAUAAGCAAACAACAACAAUUUUCACUUCCUUCAAAAAUUAUAAAAAUCCAGUUUUUAUCUUUGCAAGAUUCAAAAGUUUGAAUUUUUACUUGUUUUGAUUUCUGGGUUUUGUUUGUUUUUUGAUUUCGGUAAUGAUACAAUUGAGAUUUUGAUUUCGUGUGAUGUUGAGAGAUUCUUAAAUGGGUCUAUGUACUUCGAAACCGAAUUCAUCUAAUUCCGAUCAAACUCCGGCGAGGAAUAGUCCACUUCCGGCGUCUGAAUCCGUCAAGCCUUCGAGCUCUUCCGUUAAUGGUGAAGAUCAGUGUGUAACAACAACGAACAAUGAAGGCAAAAAGUCUCCGUUUUUCCCUUUUUAUAGUCCAAGUCCAGCUCACUAUUUCUUCUCCAAGAAGACUCCGGCGAGAUCUCCGGCGACUAAUUCGACUAAUUCGACUCCGAAGCGAUUCUUUAAACGGCCGUUUCCUCCUCCGUCUCCGGCUAAACAUAUCAGAGCUGUUUUAGCGAGAAGGCAUGGUUCUGUGAAGCCUAAUUCGUCGGCGAUCCCUGAAGGUAGUGAAGCUGAAGGAGGUGGUGUUGGAUUGGAUAAAAGCUUUGGUUUUUCCAAGAGUUUUGCGAGUAAGUAUGAGCUUGGUGAUGAAGUUGGUCGUGGUCAUUUUGGUUAUACUUGUGCUGCUAAGUUUAAGAAGGGUGAUAAUAAAGGUCAACAAGUCGCGGUUAAAGUCAUUCCCAAAGCAAAGAUGACGACGGCUAUUGCAAUUGAAGAUGUGAGAAGGGAAGUGAAGAUAUUGAGGGCUUUGUCUGGUCAUAACAAUCUUCCUCAUUUCUAUGAUGCUUAUGAGGAUCAUGAUAAUGUCUAUAUAGUGAUGGAACUAUGUGAAGGAGGAGAGCUUUUGGAUAGAAUACUUUCAAGAGGUGGGAAGUACACAGAGGAGGAUGCAAAGACCGUUAUGAUACAAAUAUUGAAUGUGGUUGCUUUUUGUCAUCUGCAAGGCGUUGUACACAGAGAUCUUAAACCAGAGAAUUUUCUUUUUACCUCAAAAGAAGACACCUCUCAAUUGAAGGCAAUAGAUUUCGGUUUGUCAGAUUACGUGAGACCAGAUGAGAGGCUCAAUGACAUUGUUGGUAGUGCAUACUAUGUAGCACCUGAAGUUCUGCAUAGAUCUUACAGUACAGAAGCUGAUAUUUGGAGUGUUGGUGUGAUUGUAUAUAUUCUAUUGUGUGGAAGCCGACCGUUUUGGGCUAGGACAGAAUCAGGAAUCUUUCGUGCUGUUCUAAAAGCUGAUCCAAGUUUUGAUGACCCUCCUUGGCCUUUGUUAUCUUCAGAGGCAAGAGAUUUUGUAAAGCGGUUGCUAAACAAAGAUCCGCGUAAAAGAUUAACAGCUGCUCAAGCCUUAAGUCAUCCAUGGAUAAAGGACUCAAACGACGCAAAGGUUCCAAUGGAUAUUCUGGUUUUCAAACUUAUGAGAGCUUAUUUACGAUCAUCAUCUCUCCGUAAAGCUGCAUUAAGAGCUUUAUCGAAAACACUUACGGUUGAUGAACUGUUUUAUCUGAGAGAGCAGUUUGCUUUGUUAGAACCUAGUAAGAACGGAACCAUAAGUCUAGAAAACAUCAAAUCAGCUCUGAUGAAAAUGGCAACAGAUGCGAUGAAGGACUCACGUAUUCCAGAGUUCUUAGGACAACUGAGUGCUCUUCAAUAUAGAAGAAUGGACUUUGAGGAAUUCUGUGCAGCGGCAUUGAGUGUUCACCAGCUAGAAGCUCUUGAUCGAUGGGAACAACACGCUCGUUGUGCUUAUGAGCUUUUCGAAAAGGAAGGGAACCGACCAAUCAUGAUCGAUGAACUCGCUUCGGAACUUGGUCUUGGCCCUUCUGUACCGGUUCACGCAGUGCUUCACGAUUGGCUUAGACAUACCGAUGGGAAGCUUAGCUUUCUCGGAUUUGUGAAAUUGCUACAUGGUGUGUCUAGCCGCACGAUCAAAGCUCAUUAGAAGGGUUUUGAAACUUUGAAUGAUAUGUAUGAAAUUUGUCUGAGCUCUAAGGUCUCAUUCUCCUAGGAGUUAUAAUAUGUGGCUUUUGACUUUUGUUAUGAAAGCUGAGAAGCAAAGAUUAUAAAAAAAAAUGAGUGUAGCAAAAAAAGAGAGAAGUGUGUUAGUUUUGUAGAGAAUGAUAUGAUAUUUUCCCCAAAUUUGGUAACUUAUGACGAUUGAUGAUAUUUCUGACAUUUUUAGAUUUUGCUUUUUUUGACACCAAUCUUAUUUCCAAAUUUUUUUCUCUAUCAAAUUAUUAUUUUUCAAAAAAAUCAUAAUACUAUGAGUUUGAUGAUUUCAAAUUCACAUUCGCUGGACAUGUGCCACAAAUGAAGUUAGUGCUUCCUAGAGAAUUGUGCUCUCCUCAAGAAACUCACUCUACAUUUGGAUUCUCAUUCAACAAAAGAUGAAGUCGAGAAACUCCUCAAAAUCCCAAGAGCCUCUACCAAAUGUGAGGUUGUCUUUUAUGAAUCAGUUUGAUGUAAGAAGUUCUUGCUACACAGGAAAUGCAUGUCUAGAUUUUGAAGGUACUUUUGUAAGAAAUCAUGUUUUCUAUGCAAUCAAGUUUAUUACUCUCUUGCUUAGACCAUGUACAUAGGUGAUUUAUUUUGGGUAUCAG